UUGCUACUUCCUGUUGGCGUCACUUCCGGACCAGUCCAAGAUGGCAGCGGGGGUAGGAGGUGGCGAUCCGUUGCUGCGGUUGAGACGCCACUUGAGGGAGGAGGUAGAGCCCCAGGCGCUGCUGCUACAGCCUCCCCUUGGGGGCGGGGGACCGGCGGAAGAAUCUACAAAUGAGGAGAAAAAAGAGAAGCCUCUUCCCAGACUUAAUGUUCACUCUGCAUUCUGGAUUUUGUCAUCAAUUGCUGUGACAUACUACGUUGAAUUUUUUAAAACUGUUAAAGAGACCAUUCAGACAGAUAGUUGGUGCUUUUUUCUUGGCAGUUGUUUGUUGGUUGCAAGCUUAGCUAUUGCUUUUUACUGCAUAAUAUAUUUAGAGUGGUACUGUGGAAUUGAAGAUUAUGAUGCCCAGUAUCCAGUAUUGAUACCGAUCACAACUGCCACUUUUAUUGCAGCAGCGGUUUGUUUCAACAUUGCCUUAUGGCCUGUGUGGUCAUUUCUCACCCCUCUGUUGCUGUUCACUCAGUUUAUGGGUGUUGUAAUGCUUGUGUCUCUGCUGGGAUAGAUCACCUAAGGAGUCAAGAAGUCUGCCUUUGCAAGGAGGUAACUAACUUGGUUCACUACAUGUGUGCUAACGUUAAAUACCUUGUAAAUACCUGCUGAAAAAACGUAAUGUGUAUUAACAUUAAGAGUCUGAUUCACAUGCCUGUUCCAUCUGACUCUAACCCUGUUAUUGUUGGAAUUUGUAGGGGAGAAGGGUGCAUAUGCUGCAAUGCUCAGAAGCUAUUAGGCUGAAUUAAAGAACUGAUCAAAUUAAGGUAUUUGGAA